AAUUCUACGUAAUGCGUUGUAGCCACUUGGAAUUUAUAGUAAAACGUAAUCGUGAGGUUUCCUGAAUUCGGCGUAAUACGUAGCCGGCUCUCAAAAUUUAGUAUAGAGCGUUAUCAGGACCCCCCCAUGCAGGCCCCCAUUGAUUUUCAUUAAUGAUUUACUAGUACUUGAAAUUAUUUAAAUUCUUCAAAGGAAUUUUUGGCAAUCAGAUGCAUCCUGCAUGUGAAUUUAGUGAUUUGAUGGACACAUAUGUCAAUAUUGAACUACUGUAUAGCAAGAUCAGUCAAUAAAUUUGCAAUGCCCUGCAAAGUUGCCAUUUGAUUGAUUUAUUGGUUGGUUCCUCUUAUGUUGUGAUCUAGGUGUAGUUACUUGCACAUCAUUUGUUAUGGUCAUCAAAAUUAGAAUCAAUAUGUAAGUCUAACUAAGAAGAAAUUGGGUAGCCUGGAUGCUAGACCCAUAACUUUGGUCCUAGUGUGCUAUGGGUCUGCCAUCCAGGCUAGAAAUUGGGAGGCUGAUACAAAGGCAGGAAAAUAUUUUUGAUCCCCCCAUCCAGACUGUCCAAAUGGAAUAACCCAACACCAUUCCUGUCCUCAAUGCCCCAGUGAAUUGACCUAUAUAUUCAACAAAUCUGCCCCAUGUUUAGUCUAAAUGUAGGUUUAACCUCAAAUGGGUUAAAUUAACACCCAUUUUCAGUCACAGAUAACUGGUUUGAUCUCCCCUCUGCUCUUUGUCUUCACCAGGCAGUCCUAUUAAAUCCGACUCAUUGAGAAAAUGACUAAAUAUGUCCCAAUCAAAUACCAAAUUCUGGUAUUUCACUAUUGCUACAUAAACAAAAUAUCCCUUCCUCAAUUUAGAAUCCACUACUCAUGAGAUGCUUUGCCCUGCUUCAUUAUGGAAAACAAUUUAGAACAGUCGAAUCCUAAUUAUGAUAUCCAGUUACUCAGUAGAUCAAUCCGUACCCAAUUACUAAUCCUUCUGUCUCCAACUGUUGACCUUGCCAGCUGCCCUUGAUUCUAAAUCUUUAUGAUACUGACUGCAACCAGAAAAGGGCAUCUUUGACGAUCUUGGCCAAGCCUGACUUUAUCCUUGACAAAACAAUAACCUUCUGUUGAAAUCUGAUCUGUCUGUUUUUCCAGCCAUGCUUCCUGCUGUUAGGACACAUCUGGGAAUGGCCAAGGAAACCCCUAAACCAUGGUCUGUGGCAGACUUGAUGAGAAACACAUUCCUGGGAAGUUUUACAGGGUUCAGAAGGUUAGGUAGGAGUCAGGCAGGAAUCAGUGCAACAUGGCCUCCCUGGUUCGUGGUGCUGUGGUCCUGACUCUGCUGUUGAGUGGUGUGACUGCUCAAAUUAUUGAAGAGGAUGCUAUUGCACUGCCAGAGGAUCCAUACUUUGGCAGCAUUGAUGAUCCAUAUGUUGAUCCAGUAGAGGAAUAUCCCCCUGGUGAGGAAUACCCUCCCUACGAUGACUACAGUGACCUGGUGGUGACUGUACCUCCACUCCAGCCCACCCCUCCACCCAGACGUCCAGCCCCUCGGCCUGAUCCUCAACCACCUGCACAGGUCCCUGCACCUGACCCUGGCUACAACUAUGGUUCCGAAGACUAUUACGACGGAUACAGCUAUGAGCGGCAGAUUGAAGAGGACCAAAGAAGAGAAAGGAUGUACCAAAUAGAGUUCCAGCUGAGAGAGGCCUUGGCAGAACUAAGACUCCUGAAAUCUCAACACUCAACAACUAGGCUAGUGGUGCAAAAUAUCAACACCAAACUUUUUUCUGAUAUGCUUCCCAGCAUGAAUGAAAAAAUCAAUGACUUUGGGAGGAGGGCAGACAAGGGUGUAACAGAUAUUGCAAGAUACAACCAGCGGCUGACAGAGAUUGAGCAAGGCAUGGAGGAGAACAAACUACUUGGAGCCACUGUCACAUCUAUGGAGCAGAAGACCAACAGGCUGGACAACAUGAUCAACGAACAUGACAACAAGCUGCUGAGGAUGGAGAACACCUACAAGGGCACCAUCGCCCGCCUGGAGACACGCAUGUCACAGGUGGAGAGUAACACAGCUGACCAAGUGUAUAACCUGGAGGAGUCUGUACUGGGGCUGGAGAAGGAGGUGAAGAAACUGGCUGCUCGGCCUGAGAGGGAGGACCAGGCAGCCAGGAUAGCUCAGCUGAAAAGAGAGCUGUUUGACACAAACAACAAGGCCACCUACUUGGAGAGGCAGAUCAGCAGCAAUGACAGGGACAUUGCACAAACUGAUCAGAAAGUGAAAGAAGUUCUGAGGAUGAUGCAAUACCAAGAUUCUCAGCAGCAGUCUCGUGGUGCUCCCCUGUCCAUACAAGAUGACUACAUCAACAAGGUGUCCCAACUGGAGCAGCAGUUCACCCAGGACAGAAGCAGGGUUACAUCCUUGGAUGAAAGAUGUAACAUCCUGGAGCGGCAGCUGGGUGCCUACACACAAGCCUUUAAUCAGAUUAAAACCAAGGGCUGCUGUGACGACCUGGAUGUAACAUCACUGCCUUCUGGGAUCCCAACAGUGAUAAGCUCUGGAAGGUUCCCUGAGACUGGUGGUAUAUCAUCAGGCCUGGACAUCCCAAGUUUCCCGGCUCCUCGGGCCAACUCGAAUGAGGCUGUCCCCGCUCCUGCCCCGAGACCUGUUCCACCUGUCACCUUCAACCAGCCCGCCCCUGCUCCACCACGUUCCCAACUGCCCCUGCCAACACAAAUCCCAUCAUCCUUCGAUAAUCAAAGAGGAGGGGCAUCAGAAGUGGUCCAACCAACGGCCCCGCCUCCACCUCCCAGAGGGCGCCGACCAACAGGUGGGAGGGACCGAGACAAUGAGGUACCAAGUCCCCCACGGAGGAAUGGCAACAGAAGGGAGAGACCUAGGGAGAGACCCAGGCAGCCAGAUCCACCACCAAGAAAGCCAGUUCCACCACCAAGGAAGCCAGUUCCACCACCAAGGCAGCCAGUUCCACCACCAAGGCAGCCAGUUCCACCUCCACAGCCACCACCAGGGCCACCGCCAAGCCGGGAAGUGGAUUCAGAGUAUGAAGGAUACCCAAUUGUACCAGAAGUGAGCAGGGCCGAGCUCGGAGAAAUCAAACCAAUAGACUGCUCAGAGAUAUACGACUAUGGACUUGAGGCCAGUGGCGUGUACUACAUCUACCCCUCUACCCUAACCCAGCCAGAGAAUGUGCCUGUAUACUGUGACAUGACUACCAAUGGUGGUGGGUGGACUGUGUUCCAGAGAAGGCUGGAUGGAAGGGAGAACUUCAACAGGAAUUUCUCAGAAUACAUGAAAGGUUUUGGAAAUCCAGUAGCAGAGUACUGGCUGGGAAACAACAUCCUGCACCACAUCUCCCAUCAGGACGAUUACGCACUCAUGGUGGAGUUGGAAGACUGGGAGGGCAAUGUUGUGCGCGCCAACUAUGACCAGUUCACUGUUGGUGAUGAAAGUCUCAAGUACAGACUUAACCUGGGAAGAUACAGUGGCACUGCUGGUGACUCUCUCAGGGGCAACAUGCUCAGUGGCAACAACAGAAUGCCCUUCUCCACAUAUGAUGCUGACAAUGACAAGUCCAGAGCCAACUGUGCUAGCACUCACAAGGGAGGCUGGUGGUACAACCAGUGUGGGGACUCCAACCUGAACGGUGUGUACUACUCAGGCGGGGUGUACGGGGGAGAGGCUGACGGCAUCUACUGGUACUCCUGGAAACAGGACACCUUCUACUCCCUCAAGAGGGUAGAGAUGAAGAUCAGACCAACUUACUUCUAAAAUGCACUAGUCAUGGGUUCAGCUAGCUUUCAACUAAUUCAUAGAGCAGAAAUGAUACACUAGUAGCCAGUGCCAUUCUAAUGAGAGAUUGAGCUACUGUUUUAGAGACUAUUUCAGAAACACUUGGACUAUUUUAGAGACAAAGCAAAAAUUAAAGGAAGGUGGUUACAGUAACAUAAGUUCUUUAUUUUCCCUCAUAGUAUCGUAUACGUUGAGUAUGGCAAGAAAUACUAAGCAUAUAUGUAUGUCACACUCUGUUCUGCAACAUAAAUCCUUUCUCACUGAAGGGAAUGUAAUACCUGAUAGAUCUUUAGUUUAGGUAUCUAAUAGUCUUCUACCAAAGAUCUACCACAGAUAUAUAUCUACAUGACAUCAGAAAUUAUGGAGGAUACUUUCACAAUUGUAACUGAAAAGGCUAUGUUGUUAACAUGAAGGUACUUUGUAAUCAUACGUAUUGGAUUUUCCGACAGAUUAGUUACUAUUG